CACCAACUGCGAAAAACUGUUACGCUGGUAGUUCGUUAGGUCAGCCAAUUGUAGUCCCGAUUCCAUCCUUAAAGCCUCAACAGUCAAAACAUCUGCCUCCAAAACCCGAAAAACAAACAGCGAAAAAAUGGAGGCUGCAAACAAAAUUGGAGCACUGGCAACGAGAUUAAUUGACAAUAAAACGGCGAUAAACGUGUUCCUGGGCGGAUCGUUCUUGGCACUGGGCGUGAGAUCGUUGAACCAACAAAAAGACAUCGAAGCCCUAGAAGCAGAAAAGGAAUCGCUCAUCAAGUCCAACAAGGCCAUAAGGGAGGCCAUGUGGAACUGGAAACAGCAGCUGUUCGCCGAAGCCACCGCCGCCGCAGAUAACGCUCUUGUUCCUCUAUCCAAACUCAAGGCUAUUUACGGCGAAGCCUCUACUCCUCAAUCUGGAGAUGCAGGGAAGGAAGAUGUGAAAUCACCUGCUUCUAGAUUUGUAGUCUGAACAUUUGAUACUUCUUGAAGAUACAAGUAUUGCAUGGUAGAUUGCAUAUAAGAAAAAUUUCAGGCGAGAUGAAAAAGCACUUGGGAUACAUCUUAACUCCACCUUAACCGGCAUUCAGAACGGAACACAGGCAUGGGGUAGAGUAAUAAUCCUUCUGUGGGACUCUGCAAAGAUGCAAAGAACCUCAGUUUUUCUUGUUCUUGCAAGAACCUUGAUGAUGGGGUGAUUCAGUUUCUUACCGAGACUGUUCUUGAAAAUGGUAAAAAGUAUUGAUGAACUUUUUUUUAGUCUGAAACGUGUGGUAAGUUAUAGGUAGAGUGAUUUCUUUGAUGUUGUUCCAACAAUUUUGUGGUUUAAGAGAGUUGCACAUUAUGUUUAGAUAA